AUGGCCCUGGACUCCGUCCCUUCCUACCCCAGCGACCUGGGAUCCAGCGGCAGGGCGACCAGGACCCAGCAAAGAAUCCGGAAGGAGGAGCGGACGUGGACGGCGGACACCUACGCGCCGUACGACGACGGGCACCAGUGGAGGAAGUACGGCGAGAAGAAGCUCUCCAACUCCAACUUCCCGAGGUUCUACUACAGAUGUACCUACAAGACUGACCUGAAGUGCCCUGCGACAAAACAAGUCCAGCAGAAGGACAUGAGCGACCCACCGUUGUUCACGGUCACUUACUUCAACCAUCACAGCUGCAACACCACCUCGAGGCCCAUCGGCAGCGCCCCAGACACCACUGAGCAGUCGUCCUCGAGGAGGGCGGUGUCCAUCUGCUUCGGGUCGCAUGCCACCGGCGAGCAGCCGACAUUCCUAACGUCGCCGGGCACACUGCAGUCACCAGCGAGCACAACCAACCAACAGAACGACAGAGGCGCUUACGGUCACCAGUUUCAGUGGACAGACACAUCACCGUCGGCAGGCGAUGCCCCAGUCAAGAUGGAGACCGACAGUCUCGCCGGAACAGGCGCUUCGUCUGGCGCUGCUAGCGGCCAUGCUCUGUCGAGGACACUGCUGCCGAUCGGCCAGUCGAGAUGCAUCGAGUACUUUCAGUUCUUGUGA